CGUUUUUAGUAAUGGGUGGUCGGAAAGAUUAUGAGUUUAUUGUUUUCAGACACAAAUGAACAAAGUGCAGGGUAGUUGAGACGUUUAUGGCGUCGCAAUCACCGGAAGUGUAGUGUAAAUAAAUUAUUUUCCCUGUAUCUCCUGAGGUUAGGAUUAAGCCAGAUAAUUGGCGAAAAUGCCUGUGAUUUAUACUCUUAUGCCUCUCAUAUUCUUGCCAUGUUUCCGAAUGCCAAAAAUUGUUGUACAGAGAGCUGAAGAAAUAUUUCCUGCUGUGAGAGAAGGCAUGAACUAUACCAAUUCAGAGAAAGUAUUAGUGGGUCCACAUGGUGAGACAUACCAAAGAUGUUAUGAUGCAAAUCAGGCAAUGAAUAUUAAAGCUGAGGAUAUCUCAGAUGCAGCAGAGGAAGAGGAUCCAGUGUCAAUAACAAUUCAGGAAAUGAAGGCCAAACAUGAGAGCUAUUCAAAUUCAGAGAACGUUUUAGUGGGUCCAUAUGGAGAGAUGUACCCAGCAAGUCAUGAUGCAGAUCAGGCCAUGAAUAUUAAAGCUGAGGAUAUCUCAGAUGUAGCAGAGGAAGAGGAUCCUCUACCAGUAACAAUUCAGGAAAUAAAGGCUGAACCUGAGAGCUAUUCAAAUUCAGAGAAUGUUUUAGUGGGGCCAUAUGGUGAGCAGGCCAUGAAUGUUAAAGCUGAGGAAGUCUCAGAUGUGGCAGAGGAAGAGGAUCCUCUGCGAAUAACAUUUCAAGAAAUAAAGGCCGAACCUGAGAGUAAUUUGAAUGAACUUCAACCUGUGCACGGUGAGGAGAGGCAAUAUUCCUGCAAUGAGUGUGGUGAUUCAUUCAGUCAACAGUUUAAUCUGAGGACACAUCAGCGUAUAAAUAGUGGAGAGUGGUCAUUUUGCUGUGAUGUGUGUAAUAAGUCAUUCAAUCGUCAGGGUCAUCUGAAGACUCAUCGGCGCAUACAUAGUGGGGAACGGCCAUUUAGCUGUGAUGUCUGUAAUAAGUCAUUCAAUCAGAGGAGUGAUAUGAAGAAACAUAGGCGCAUACAUAGUGGGGAGCGGCCAUUUUGCUGCAGUUUGUGUAGUAAGUCAUUCAGUGAGCUAGGUGAUUUGAAGACACAUCAACGUAUACAUAGUGGGGAGCGACCAUUUUGUUGCAACGUUUGUAAUAAGUCAUUCAGUUGUCUGACUAAUCUGAAGACACAUCAGCAUAGUUUCCUUCGAAGCAGAGUGAAUGACGUGCUGACCAAACUACAUGGUGGACUGUCAGGAGGUCACUUGGGUGUCAGCAAGACCCUGAAUAAGAUCUGGCAAAGGUGCUACUGGCUCCAGACAGGAAGUGAUGCCGGCAGUGUGACACCUGUGUAG